AUGAAGUCUGCAUUCUAUCUGUGUUUGUUGCUUCUUGGACUUCAAGUCCAAAGUGAACAUGGGUCUGAUAAUGAACAGCAGAAACAGAAGAUACCCUAUUACUCAGAAGACCAUUCCCAGGCUGAAGACGAAAACUUGGCUCAUGACAAGAUAGCCCUCAGCAAUGCUGACUUUGCAUUUAGGUUUUACAAGCAGGUCAGAGAGGAGGCAGGCAACAAGAAUAUUUUCUUCUCUCCUUUGAGCAUCUCCACUGCCUUUUCAAUGCUCUCCCUGGGGGCCAGAGCAAACACUCUCAGUCAGCUGCACAAAGGCCUUGCCUUCAACCUGACAGAGAUGGAGGAGCAGGAGAUCCAUGAGGGAUUUCAGCGCGUCCUCCAGCUGCUAAAUGACCCUCACCGAGAAGUCCAGUUGAACAUGGGCAAUGCCCUGUUCAUAGACAACCGGCUGAAACUGCUCCAAACAUUUUUGGAUGAUGUUACAAAUUUUUAUCAUUCUGAAGCUAUUUCUAGUAACUUCCAGAAUUCUCCAGAGGCUACAAAGGAAAUCAAUAAGUACAUAGAAACAAAAACCCAUGGGAAAAUUGUUGAUUUACUCCAGAGUCUUGAUUCGGACACUGCGGUGGUUCUGAUUAACUACGUUUUCUUUAAAGGCUACUGGGAGAAACCUUUCAACAAUUUGUCCACCAGAGACGAUGACUUCUUGUUGGAUGCCAAGAAUUCUGUUAAGGUCAAAAUGAUGCAUCAAGAAAAAGCCUUUAAUAUCCAUAGGGAUGAGAAGAUGUCUUGCUGGGUAGUAGAAAUACCAUACAAGGGAAAUGCUAUUUCAUUGUUUGUUCUGCCUGAUGAAGGGACAAUGAAGCAGGUGGAGGAUGCUCUGCUGAGAGAAACAGUGUCUAACUGGAUGCAAUCAUUUCAAAAAAGAAAAAUCUACCUGGACCUUCCAAAAUUCUCCAUCUCUAGCUCCUAUGAUGUUAAGAGCCUGUUUGAGAAAAUGGGUGUGACGGAGGUGUUCAGUCACCAGGCUGAUCUCUCUGGAAUGGCAGAAAAAGCUCUUCUGAAGGUUUCCAAAGCAAUUCACAAGGCGGUGGUGGAUGUUAGCGAGAAUGGCACAGAGGCUGCUGCAGUGACAGAGAUAGAAAUGGUACUAAUGUCUGCACAGAUUCCUCGUCCUCCUUACAUCAGAUUCAACAGGCCCUUCCUGAUGAUGAUUAUUGACCAAAUCUCCCACAGUAUCCUCUUCAUGGGGAAAAUUGUGAACCCAGCUGCCAAGCAAGACUAG